AUGGCACGCUCGGUGUGGUCUCUGUGGGAUGAGGAGGAUGUGGAACCACUGAUGGUCGAUGAAGCAACGGAUCCGAAGUUGUGGCUCAUGUCGCUAUCUAAUACCCUGCCGCAGAGGAAGUUUGUACAAGUCCUAGUGACAUUAUGGGCCAUAUGGUGGGCAAGGAGAAAGGCGAUUCAUGAGGAAGAAUUCCAGAGUCCUUUAUCCACGUUUUUGUCCAUUCAGAAUUACAUCAGUGAGAUUGAGUGGGAGAAGAAAGAACAUGCCAAACCAGGAGCGAGCAGAAAUAAAGAUGCUAAGUGGCUGCCUCCGGAUGUAGGUUUCUGCAAGAUCAACGUGGAUGGUGCCGUAGCGAAGUCCUGCGUUAGAGGGGCUGUUGGUGCAGUUUGUCGCGAUGAGCGUGGGAGGUUCUUGGGAGCAUCGGCGGUUGUCUAUGCAGGUGUGACUGAUCCCACCAUGCUGGAGGCGUACGCUUGCAAGGAGGCCCUGGAGCUCGUGGAGGACCUGAGCCAACACAAGUUGAUGAUAGCAUCUGAUUGUCUGAAUGUCAUCAAUGAUAUUAGAGCUAAGUUUUACAAAGGCUACUACUGCAUGAUUCUGCGAGACAUAGAGCAGCGUCGAGUAUCGUUUCAAGCGACCAAAUAUGGUCACGAACAGAGGGAAGCAAAUGGGGAAGCUCACAGGCUAGGAUGGCUACCACUUAAGAGGUUGGACGCCAUGUUUGGCUUUUGGAUCCACCGGAUCAUCUUUGUAUACCCAUAA